UGGAAAUUGGCUUGAGUGUGUUUGGCUUGGCAGUUGUUCCCAGGGCGGGUAGGCCGGGUGAGAUGAGCGGAGUGCUAGAAGUAGAUUGAUAACCAACUCUGGCACACAGCACUCAUCCCAACAGCGCCCCACCUCAACUCCAACUCCGACAAAAUCGAAACUCUCGUCGAGAUGCUGGUCUCUGAUAUAUUUGGUAAUCUUUCCCAACUGUUUUGGUUAUUUGCCCAGCUACCACAGAUCUGGACGAAUUACAGGAACAAAUCGGUCGAAGGCCUCUCACUCACAUUCCUACUGAACUGGCUCUCGGGCGAUGUGACGAAUCUGAUAGGCUGUCUGCUCACCAACCAACUCGUCUUCCAACGCAACCUGGCCAUCUACUUCAACCUCAUCGACCUCAUCCUCAUCGGCCAAUUUGCCCUAUACUCAAGAACAACAACAUCAACUACAUCAACAACUGGAGCAACGACAUCUAGUAAUAACCAAACCAAUCAGCAUGCCUACGCCCCUAUCUCGCAAACCCAUCUCGAAAGAUCACACCCGAAUCAUCCAAUCGACAUCGAAAGAAGCACAACAAAUAGCAAACUCGGUCUAGAUCUAAACCAUAACAAUCGACACUCAGAUCAAAGCACUAUCAAAGCUGCCUGUCCUCAACUCCUUCAUCCAGCACCUCAUCCAUCAUUCCAAUCCAACCAACUCCUUAACUGGAACGAAAACUCUAUCAACAAUCCAUCCAACACUUCCUACUAUACUCCUUCAAGAUUCACAAGGAUUAUAAGAUGCUGUCAUCUGAAACCUCUUCUCUUCUUGGCUAUUGUUGCCUUCAUCGGCUUUCAAAUUACCACCCACCCCUCCUCAUUCUCUCUUGGUGAUCACAAGUCUCCCGAUUCCUUCGCUCAGAUAUCGAGAUCGACUUUCGACGCAAAUAAUCCGACUCAAAAUUUAAGUCCAACCUCUGAGGGUUUAAUAGAAAAGACUGAAAGGGAGGCUCAAGACACGCUCGAGGUGAUUCAAGAAACAAAUAAAGGAGAGAAGCCGGAUUCAUUGAAACAGAAGAUUGGGAGACUGUCAGCCUGGCUGUGUGCAUUCCUAUAUCUGACCUCACGGAUCCCGCAGAUCAUGAAGAACCACUCGCGGAAGUCGGUGGAGGGGCUCUCGAUCCUCCUCUUCGUCUUGGCCUUCCUGGGCAACCUGACCUACGUGUUGAGCAUCCUCAGCUCGCCUCAAAUCCUCUUCAACAACCCCGACGACGCGAACAGAGAUCAUCACAAGCUCGACUUUCUCAACGAGGCCAUUCCCUACUUGAUUGGCUCCGCCGGCACACUGUGUUUCGACUUGGCCAUCUUCAUCCAGAGCAGACUCUAUCGAUCUCAUCCGACCCAACCCUCUCCCUCAUCAAGACUCCCCGACUCUCCCUCAAUCACGUGCAGUAAUCUCGUCAACCCAAGCCCCCCACUUCUCUCUCCUUCCACUCAUCCUAAUCAGGCCCGCUUGAACCCCGACCCCGAAAUCUACGCCGCCCUGCCUUUACUCGACUCUCGUUCCUCUACCUCUCUUGCUUGAUUAUCUUCUCUUUCACCCCCUUCGCUCUGCAUUCCUAUUCUCUUUUCUUCUGUAACAACGUACUUGUAAUUGCAUUUUCCUUGUCUGCAGCAAUGUACUCCUAUUCUCAUGUCCUCUCUGAUGCACUAUCUCUCCCCCCCCCCCCCCACUCUCUCUCUCUCUCUUUCGCUCUCUCGCCACUCCGAUCUUCUUUCUUCAAGAGCCACUUCAUUCCCCCCUUGUUUCUCUACUUUUGGACCCAGAAAACAUAAUUGAACUCUACAGCUUUCAUUCCCGUUUCAUUUCCACAGUACAGUAGUACCAAUUCAUUUGAAUACGCGAGCAAAAAAAAGAGAACAGAAGAGCUGUAGAAGGGCCGAAACCAACACUCCAACACUUUCAGAAUCAUUGAAACAACAGACAAGUUCUGUCCAUGAAGUGCAGAUGAUGGGUAAGGCUAGUGAAGUGCUUUA